AUGGUACACCCUGUUCUCGAAUCUAGCGCUCGUGCUCGACAUUGGACGCUCUCCUACCGGGGCACGGCCUACAUGAGCGAUUGCGCUGCCUUGGCAUCAUUGUCUGAUCCCAUCCGCGAGCUAGAUCUUGAUAUACUGCGACGGGGAUCCAACUUGAAACUACCGUCCGCAGACGAGGAGUUGCGCCAACCAGCGCACAGGUCGGGUGUUUGUGGAGUCAUCAUCUCGCAGACCAAGCUUCUGAUGCGACAGGAAUCCUGGAAUCUAGUCAGCGAUAAUGACGACGAAGUAGGUCUCGCAGAGGAUAUGAAGAUGGAGGAGACCGCAGUGGAGUGUAUCGGUAGGGAUGAGGCUGAAGGUACUAACGAGGGGACACCAUCUUUGUCCAACUUUCCAGCAUCCAACGCAGGAAAAGAUGGACUUCAUGAAAAAGUUGCAUGCGACGCCAUGGUGGAGUCGGGGCGGGUAUGGAACACAGCUGUGAAGAUCAUAUAG